AUCGGAGCUCAGUCUCGCGUCGUCCGAGCUCGAGGUCGGACGCUCUUGGUAUAGUCAACUCUUGACUAACUGCGGGUUCGUGAAUGCUUGCGCUCAUGCAACAUGUAGACGGGCCAUCGGCGAAGCCAUGCUUCCUCGGUACUAGCGCUGCUACUGAGCGUAGAGCUUCGUUAAAGCUUGGCUGACAUCUCGGCUCGAGCUAACAGUGCUUUUCUUUUCGUUGAGCCGAGUUUUCUUUUUUGUUUGCCUUUUACGUUAUUCAGUGCCACUGCUACUGCCGGCAGACGAUGAGGACGAGGAUGACGUGGAUGGCCAGCUGGCUUGUGCUCGCGCUGAGCAUCGCGAACACCGGCUUCUGUCAUGGAAAACAAGUUCGCGAUACGACGACGAGUCCCCAGCUGGAGUGCAAGCUCGAGGGUCUACAUCCCCUGCUGAUCAUCACUUACAAAAACAUCACGAUAUCGGUGGAUAAGAUCAAGGUGCCGCACAGCGAGCGAGUGACGGUGCGCUGCCGCGAGCUCGGCAAGUACAAGCUCAUCGGGGAACCGUUGCUUCACUGCCGUAACGGCAUCUGGAACGGCCAACUGCCCACCUGCAUACCCACCACCUCGAUCUCGAAUUACACCGAGGACGUGCCGCCGACGAUACUGUUCGGGCUCCCCGCGGGAUCAGCGGCGUUCGAGCCCUCGGGCGCCCUGGCCGUCUUUCCAGGGAGCAUCCUCCACUUGGAGUGUCUCUUCGCCAGGAGGCUCGGCAAUCCCGAGUGGACCUGGACGUCCAAUUUUCGACAAUACCUUACCGGUUGGGCGAUCGCAGCCUUCGAGAGAGACUGGAAGUAUCGACUGUCGAUAUACUACGCGAAAGCCCAGGAUUCCGGCGUCUACACUUGUACAACCCCUCGGGGCCUCACGAACUCCAUCCGCGUACGGGUAGUCGACGUCCACUGUCCGAUGCUGAGCGCGACGGAGCCUCCAUUGAUCGCGAAAAUCGAGGGUCCACGGCUGGGCGAGAGCGCGACUUUCGAGUGCCCGCACGGCUACAGGCUCGAAGGUGCUUCGAGCAUGACGUGCCAGUACAAUGGUAAAUGGUCGGCAGACGUGCCUCACUGCGAGGCGAUAAUCUGCCCGGCGGUGCAGCCUAUGAACCCGAAUCUCCAGCUGUUGGAGCACAACAACAGCUACGGAGGCCGAGCGGUCUUCACCUGUAUGUGGGGCCAUCGGCUUCGCGGCCCGCAAGCCAUCAAAUGCGGCAGCGACGGUGCCUGGAGCGGAUCGAUACCCACCUGCACGGAAAUAACGUGUCCAACGCCACCGGUGCCAAAGAACGGCCGCAUAGUGGAUCACGAGCAGCAGCUGCGACAGCAGCACUCCAAGCGCAGAACGCAUCGAGUUGGCGCAUUGGUGCGCUUCUCCUGUCUGCCAGGCCAUCAGCUCAUCGGCCAGGCUUCGGUUAUCUGCACCGAGAACGGCACGUGGUCGCAUCAUCCGCCAAUCUGUGAUGUGAGGUGUCCCUACCCAGGUGAUCCACCGCACGGGCGCAUCGCGCCCCUGAAGUUCUGGUACAAGUCCGGCGACACGAUCCAGGUGACCUGUUCUCCAGGUUACGUGACGCCCUUGGAACCAGUUCGAAAACCGACCUGCCGCGAAAACGGUAUCUGGAGUGGUCCACCGCCGCCUUGUCGCUCCUACAGGGACGUGUGAUUGAGUCCCGGUGCUAUCGCCGAGCUAACCCAGAGCGGCGGAGAAUAAGAGAGAAGCGCCGCGCGACGACGGAGAAGAAGAAUUAUCGGGCGCGAGGAGGAAAACAACGAGCGACGCGCGUGACCUGCCUCGGCGAUGCUUGCUGCAGGUCGCUCUCUCUCUCUCUCUCUCUCUCUCUCUCUCUCUCUCUCUAUCUCGACGCGGCUACUGGAAAAAUACCGAGGGCAGACGAAAUUACCCGCGAGUCUCUGGCAAACGAACCGACUGGCUUUUUUCUAUUAUCUAGCCCAGUAGGUUCCUUCUCAUUCUCUCUCCCUAUUAUCGUCUGUGUACAUAUGCAUAUGCACUUCCAUAGGCCUUUUAGAAAAAAAUCGACUUUUCAACUCCAACGGGGAAUGCAAAUGAGAGAGCUACGCUUGGCGCAAAUAUUUUCGGUGCGAGUGUACGCGCGUACACAGCAAAGCGCGAAUAAACGCCGGGCAGCGCUCGGUCGGUGGCAGUUUCGGGACGAGUUCGGAGAGCUGGAAAUGGGACGAGCCGAAAACAAGCGCGAAAUCCUCGAGCUCAGAGAGAGAGGAGGUAUUCCGAAAGUAGAGAAAGAGCUAGAGACGAGUUUAUGUCGUGUUUGCGAGCGAGCGCACGUGACCUCACUCUCUCUCUCUCUCUCUCUCUCUCUCUUUCUCCCUCUCACUCUCUCUCUCGCGCGCGCGCGAGAACAAGACAUCGAGGGUGGUCUCGCGCACUGGAUGUUGCAGCGGUGCUGUAGCUCUGUCUCGUGCAUGUAUAUAAAUGUGUUUGCACGAGAGAGGAGGUAAAUAAACGGUAAGAGGAUGAGAGAGAGAGAGAGAGAGAGAGAGAGAGAGAGAGAGAGAGAGAGACAGGCGAAAAACAAGGGAAUCGUUCGUGCGCGCGAGAGGAUCUGUGCAAAUGUCGCCGCGGCUCUGAGACGGAUCGGAAUUAUUCGGCCUGGCCUGUCUCUCCGCAGCGGACGUGUAUUCCGAAUCGGCGGUAUACUAUAAAAAAAAUGAGUAUAAAUAGUUCCGAAAACCAGCAGCGACAUCACGUAGAGUUAACCUGCGGCGCGUUAUGCUACGCUCGACGAAUAAGAAAAUAAAUAGGAAAAGCUAACGUGGAAACGAAUAGCAAGCACGAGACUUGUUUACGUCGCAAGCUCCACUUUUUCCGGCGAGCGGAGGAGAGACGCGGUUUUCGGGACUGAGAGCAACGCUUCAUGUGUACCGAUACACAAUAUCUAUAAUUGCGCUCGGCGAGAGUACUAUUUUUGUACUACGUCCUCAGAGAUGAGCGACGAUAGAAUUCUUCCGAACGAUGAUACGAACGAGAAGAUUACCCGACAAGCUGAAUUAAAAAAAGCCAAUUUCCAUCUGUUAAUCAACAAGCCUGACAAGACGGAAAGAGAGAGAGAGAGAGAGAGAGAGAGAGAGAGGGAGAGAGAAGAGUGAGCACAAGAGAUUAAUUAAGCUCCAGCCCUCGAGUCGGUCGGUUAGAGAGAGAGAGAGAGAGAGAGAGAGAGAGAGAGAGAGAGAGAGAGAGAGAGAGAGAGAGAGAGAGACGGAGCACAUAUACAUAAACCGAGGAGGCCGUGUGCGCGAAUGGCGGCCGCGGCCGUGUGUGUAAAUAUUAAUUCCGCAGCGUGCGGCCGGCUGGCCUAGUGUGCGUGUACGUAUAUAAAUGAGGUUAGUUCAGAGAAACGCGGCCAGAGAGAGAGAGAGCUAUAUAUGUAUACAUGCAUAGACGCGUAUUUCCAGGACGAGCGAGAGCAGCGGGCGUGCACAGUUGCUAUAUAGCUUAAGCGCCGCGCACGAGAAACGGCAUUAAGUGAACUCAUUAGCGGUAUUAUCAUUUUAGAGUACGACGACGAUGACCUCUCGCCUGAUGAGCAAACUGCCUGCGAGACAGGUGUAUUCUACGAAGCUGCUGUACUUCAUUUUGUACGUGUGGGCUAUUAUACUUAUACGAUAUUAUAAUUAUUAUUAUUAUUACAUUUAGUGGGUGGCCUGAGGUGCGUUGGUUGUCUUAUCGGCCUCAGCUCUAUGAUGGGUCAUCGAGGGAAUCGAAUUUUUGAGCUUCGUUUGCAAUGAAUCACGCUUGAUGGGAAUGUUUGCUGACACCGUACACGAAUGUUUGGUACAAACAAAUGUUGUUCUUUCGAAUUAAAAAUCAGUCCAUGAAAUUCGCGAUAUUUAACCGUGUAUACUCGAUGACCCAAUUUCGGCGAUCUCAUCAAAAGUUCACGCCCCGUAUGAUAGUUAAUCACGAGAUAGUCAGGAGCAACGCGUGACAAAUGUUUGUACCUUUUGUUUAUCAGAAAACCAAAGACUGUAGAAGCUAGGAAAAUAAACAUCGAUUUUGUUGUUCUCAAGUAGGUAUGCGUAAAAGAGCUGACAACAAACAUUGGGUUUUAAGUAUGGACAACGAAAAGGCUUGUUCAUUUGCUGUUCGAGAGCAUCGAGUCGUGUUUUAGCGCAAGUUUAUCCAUAAGAAAUAUUUUAGAACUUAUUCCUUUCAUAUCGAUGUAUAAUAAAGUACUGUUUAUUCUUUAA